AUGGCAUUAGUAUUCGUCACUAGUACAUCGAUUGCUAUCUGCUUCCAUAACACUGGUCAUGGAGACCCGUCCGUCCUUUCUAUUGAAAUUCUUCAAGUUGAUGACAAUGCAUAUUCUUUUGAUCCAACUCACGAAAAGGGAACCGUACUCAGAACUGUUAAAAGAUUGACAUGUGGUAUUGGGAAACCAGCGUUUGAUGAAGAUUAUGAUAAAGAUCACUGGGGUGGAGACAGAUUCUGGUUAGGAGUUAAAACUUUUGACCAAGGCUCUGAUAUGGAGAUUUCAACAGAGAGUAAGAUCAUUCAAGCGUCGCUUCCACCAAACUUUUACCUGGAAAGACUGUAUCAAUCAGCAAUUGUUAGCAAUGACAGGCAACCAGAAAUAUCAUUUCAGAUGGAGGUGGACCCGAACAAAAAUUAUUCAAUUUGGCUUCACUUUGCUGAGAUAGAUCCCAGGAUCACCAAAGAAGGACAAAGAGUCUUUGACAUAUUAUUUAACGGUGAUCUUAAAUUUAAUGAUGUGGAUGUCAUUCAGAUGGCAGGAAAACAAUUUGCUGCUCUUGUUCUCAAUCGAACUAUUGCUGUGACUGGGAGGACCUUGACAGUGACCUUACGUCCAGCAAACGGAAGUCACGCAAUCAUUAACGCAAUUGAAGUCUCUUUGCGAUGA